UAUAAAUAUCCCAGCAGGCCUUGCUGCUGGGUGGGGACGGAAAUCUCUACACGCACAGCCCAGCAACAAGCAGCACACACAGUUGAAAGGAAAACUCAGAGCAGAGAACUGCAGGAGGAAAGUAGAGAUGAACCUGAUCCCAAACUUUUCCAUGGAGACCUGGAUUCUCCUGGCUAUCAGCCUCACGCUCCUCUACUGGUAUGGGACCUCUAGACAUAAAAUUUUUAAGAAAAUGGGAAUUCCUGGGCCAACACCUCUGCCUUUUUUUGGAACUCUGUUGGAAUACCGCAAGGGCAUUUGGGAUUUUGACCUAGAGUGCCAUAAAAAGUAUGGACCUACAUGGGGGUUAUAUGAUGGUCGGCAGCCACUUCUGGUUAUCACGGAUCCAGAUAUGAUCAAAAUAGUACUAGUGAAAGAAUGCUAUUCUGUCUUCACAAACAGAAGGUCUUUAGGUCCAGUUGGAUUUAUGAAAGAUGCCAUUUCCAUAUCUGAGGAUGAAGUAUGGAAGAGAAUAAGGGCAUUGCUGUCUCCAACCUUCACCAGCGGAAAACUCAAAGAGAUGUUCCCAAUCAUUAUCCAGUAUGGAGAUAUAUUGGUGAAAAACCUGAGAAAGGAAGCAGAGAAAGGCAAGCUCAUCACCAUGAAAGAUGUCUUUGGGGCCUACAGCAUGGAUGUGAUCACUGGCACAUCAUUUGGAGUAAACAUUGAUUCUCUCAACAACCCACAAGAUCCCUUUGUGGAAAAAAUCAAGAAGCUCAUAAAAUUUAAUUUCUUUGACCCAUUCCUUCUCACAAUAAUACUCUUUCCAUUUCUCUCCCCAUUUUUUGAUGCCAUCAAUGUCUGUUUAUUUCCACGAGAUGUUUUAAACUUUUUUAAACAAUCCGUGUUAAGGAUGAAAGAAGGUCGUCUUAAAGAUAAACAAAAGCAUCGAGUAGAUCUUCUUCAGCUCAUGAUUAACUCCCAGAAUUCCAAGGAAAUGGAGUCCCAUAAAGCUCUGACUGAUCUGGAGCUUGUGGCCCAAUCAAUUAUCUUUAUUUUUGCUGGCUAUGAGACCACUAGCAGUAUUCUUUCCUUCAUUAUGUACACUUUGGCCAUUCAUCCUGAUGUCCAGAAAAAACUUCAGGAGGAGGUUGAUGCCACUUUCCCUAAUAAGGCACCUCCUACCUAUGAUGCCCUGAUGCAGAUGGAGUAUCUGGACAUGGUAGUAAAUGAAGUUCUCAGAUUAUACCCAGUGGCUGGCAGACUUGAAAGAGUCUGUAAGAAAGAUGUCGAAAUCAAUGGGUUAUUCAUUCCCAAAGGAGUAAUAGUCAUGAUACCAAGCUUUGCUCUUCACCGAGACCCAAAAUACUGGCCAGAACCUGAGGAGUUCCGUCCAGAAAGAUUCAGUAAGAAGAACAAGGACAAUGUAAAUCCUUACAUAUACAUGCCCUUUGGAACUGGGCCACGAAACUGCAUUGGCAUGAGGUUUGCUCUCAUGAACAUAAAACUUGCUCUCACCAGAGUAAUGCAGAACUUCUCCUUCAAACCUUGUAAAGAAACACAGAUCCCCUUGAAAUUAAACAAGCAAGGACUUAUUCAACCGGAAAAACCAAUUGUUCUAAAGGUGGAGUUGAGAGAUGCGACCAUAAGUGGAGCCUGAUUUCCCUAAGGAUUUUGUUCGUUCUUCCGCGAAGCUGUAUCACAGGACACCAGAGAUGUUUUCACUUUGUGAAUAAAAUCUAGAAGUAAAGAUGGUCUUAACCUACUGCAUCUGAUGAACGAUUAGGGAGUCUGCACAUUCAUUGAGCUUUGUCAGUGUCUGUAGGGUUUUAUAUGCUGUGUAAGAAAGAUGGUGACUAAGUGCCAGCCAUGUAGACUCGGCCUCUCUGGUUCCCAUAGCACUAUCUCCAUCCACUCCCAGUUAGCGCCAUCAAGUCUUCCUGAGCUCUUAUUACAGAAUAAAUGUUCCUCAGCCAUUUUAUCAGUAAUUUGUAGUGAAAAUGAGAAAUAUUGUGAUGAUUCUCAUAGUAACACUUAUGUUUUAUUUCCAGUCUUCUAUAAUAAGUAGUAUAUUGAGAAAGUCAAUAAACACAUCUUUGUAAAAAUA